GACUGCAUUUACCUUGGUUGCCCUCAGUGUGCCGGGCCUGAGGGGAGAGGGAAGGCCUGUAGGUGGGCUUUUGCAUCCUGAGAAUGUUCUGUGCAGCCCCGAGAUUAAGGCUGCAUUCUCUAGGGGGAGGUCAUUUUUCCGUAGAUGGGAAGACUGUCUUAACCGAAGUUUUCUAAUAGUGGGCCACGCUGUCUCCUUAGGUAUCGAGCUCGGGGUCACUGGACAGGUGCACGCAGAGGCUUGGUUUGCUUUACUAAAAGUAUCACGUAGUACUGUGGAUUAUUGACUUGCCUGAGUAUUUUAAUAGAGGCAUCUGUAGUGUUCAUUGGAAACACUGAGUAACAAACAAUGAAUUCUGCCUGGGACAAAUAGGGGAAAGUUUUCUAAAGAGAGGAGGUGGCAAAAGAGGGCCCUGAGGUCUCUUACCUAUGAAAUUAACUUCAUGAGAUAAGACAGCGGAGUGAGAGGACGGUGGAGCUGAUAAUAAGAAUACAAGCUGUCUGGCCUUUUACUCUUCAUCCUUGGUUAAGGAAAUGACCAACCAGUACAGCAUUCUCUUCAAACAAGAGCAAGCCCAUGAUGAUGCCAUUUGGUCAGUUGCCUGGGGGACAAACAAGAAGGAAAACUCUGAGACAGUGGUCUCAGGAUCCCUGGAUGACCUGGUGAAGGUCUGGAAAUGGCGUGAUGAGAGGCUGGACCUACAAUGGAGUCUGGAGGGACAUCAGCUGGGGGUGGUGUCUGUGGACAUCAGCCACACCCUGCCCAUUGCUGCAUCCAGUUCUCUUGAUGCUCAUAUUCGGCUCUGGGACUUGGAAAACGGCAAACAGAUAAAGUCUAUAGAUGCAGGACCUGUGGAUGCUUGGACUUUGGCCUUUUCUCCUGAUUCCCAGUAUCUGGCCACAGGAACUCAUGUGGGGAAAGUGAACAUUUUUGGUGUGGAAAGUGGGAAAAAGGAAUAUUCUUUGGACACAAGAGGAAAAUUCAUUCUUAGUAUUGCAUAUAGUCCUGAUGGGAAAUAUCUGGCCAGUGGAGCCAUAGAUGGAAUCAUCAAUAUUUUUGAUAUUGCAACUGGAAAACUUCUGCAUACACUGGAAGGCCAUGCCAUGCCCAUUCGCUCUUUGACAUUUUCCCCGGACUCUCAGCUCCUUGUCACUGCUUCAGAUGAUGGUUACAUCAAGAUCUAUGAUGUACAACAUGCCAACUUGGCUGGCACACUGAGUGGCCAUGCCUCCUGGGUGCUGAAUGUUGCGUUUUGUCCUGAUGAUACUCAUUUUGUUUCCAGUUCAUCUGACAAAAGCGUAAAAGUUUGGGAUGUUGGAACGAGGACUUGUGUUCACACCUUCUUUGAUCACCAGGAUCAGGUCUGGGGAGUAAAAUACAAUGGAAAUGGCUCAAAAAUUGUGUCUGUUGGAGAUGACCAGGAAAUUCACAUAUAUGAUUGUCCAAUUUAAACAUCAAAGUUUUCCAGGGCCACGCUGCAAAGAGAAUGUACAGAUUGAUCAUGGCAUUCCUUACCUUUUUAGGCAUGUUUAAAAGAAAUAUAGCAUUUAUUGUAGCAAAGACUUAAAUUUUAUAGAUGUAAUAUAAAUCUUUUCAUGUUUUAUUCAAAAUGCUGUUCAUACUUUAACGUGAAUAAAGUGUUCUUAAUGCAAACACC